GCCUCUGGGACGUCAAAACUUGCAGGAGCUGCUGAUUCGCUGCAUCUCAAUCUGCUCCCACAAUUCAACAGGCAACAAAGGAAGAAAGGAAGAGGCCGUCAGCUACAAAGUGUUAGCCAACCUGGACAGAAAGAUGUCACCAUAUUGUGUCACUUUAGUCCGAAAUAUAUAAGAGGAACCAGACUCGGACAUCACAACGCUGUGUUCUUUCCUUUGGGCUCAAUAGUGGACAAAAAGGAGGCGAGCGGUGAUGUUUUUUUGACAGCAAAUGCUAACAAAGCUAGCUAGCUAGCUAGCUGAGUGACUUGGGUAGCAAGCUAACAUUAGCCACGCUAGCAUUAGCCAACAAUCGGGAAGAAGCGGACCUUUCAUGAGCGUGUUGUGCAAGAGAAAUGCAAUCAUCUCUGGGUUGUUUUGACUAGUGAGACAAGCAGAAGAGACCAGAGCCUCAAAUGAAAGGUGGUGGAAGUGGAAGUGGAACUUGACCCAUCCAACUGAGUCACCAUUUUCCUGCACAUAAUGGGUUUGAUGGCUCCACUGUAUGCAUGACUUGUUUGGUGCGACCUGAUGGGAGGACACUGUGGAUAGUACUUUUAUCAGGAUACCAGGAGAGCCAUCCCAUGCCCCCGCUUUGGAGGGCCUGUCAGAAUGAAGAAGAUAAGCCUUAAGACCAUCCGCAAGUCCCUCAGCAUAAAGGGCAAAGAGGAAGGUGACUUUGUCAUGCUCCAGCAGCCCUCGGUGACGACGGAUUUUUCUAAGGAAGAGUCACUUUUUGGGGGCUGCUACACCAAAGAGCUAUCUGGCUGUGACCUUGGUAGUGAAGAGGACAAAGGAGGCCAGAAUAAGGGCCGCAUAAAGAGUGAGAGCCUGAUGGGAUCACUAAAGAGGAGACUGUCUGCUAAGCAGAAGGCGAAAGUAAAAGGCAGCUCCUCUGCCAUAGGCUCAGUGGAUGAUGAUGACAACUUCUCAUCCUCUUCGGUGCCCAUCAGCUUCAACGAGGUGAAAGCCCAGAGACCCCUUAGAUCUGCCUCCCUACGUAGUCACCAUUAUAGCCCUUCACCGUGGCCUCUGCGCUCCGUAAACUCUGACGAAGCGUGUAUCAAGAUGGAGGUAAAAGUUAAAGCCAUGGUUCACUCUCCCAGCCCAAGUCCCAACUUGAAUGGUGUCCGGAAAGAAUUUCAUGAUUUUCAAAUGGAAGGGCUCUUUCAGGACCAAGCAGACUCCUUAAAGAAUCUCCAACAGCCACAAAACGGGCAGCUGCAUCUAAAUAUCGAUGAAAAUGAUGUGCCUGUGGUGCUGGGGUUGACUCCCCAGGACUACAUCCAGUACACAAUGCCUUUAGAUGAGGGAAUGUACCCAGAAGGGUCCCACUCUUUCUGUCUGGAUAGCUCCUCUCCUAUGGAGGUGGUGACUGAAGCAGACAAUGCGUCCCUCCACACAGACCAGGGACAGGAGGAACAUGAACUGGUUUGUGGGCUGCCUCCGGAUCUCUUCAUGGAAACCUCAGUUAAUAGUCUUCUCAUUGGUUCCGCUGGUGUGAUGCUCCAAAGCUCUCGAGCAGAGGUCCCACCUCCCCUCUCUCCACUCCUGCCGCCCAUGAUGAGUAACGGACGUAUUCCAAGGAUUUUUUCAGGGUUCAGCUCAUCGGACAGCCAGGUAGCUGAGAGAGUAAGACACCACCUCAACUUUGACCCAAAUACAGCUCCUGGGGUCAGUCGGGUGUACGACUCAGUGCAGACCAGCGGGCCCAUGGUCGUCACCAGUCUGACGGAGGAGCUGAAGAAGCUGGCGAGGCAGGGCUGGUACUGGGGCCCCAUCACACGCUGGGAGGCAGAGGAAAAGCUGGUCAAUUUGGCCGAUGGCUCCUUCCUGGUCAGAGACAGCUCAGAUGACAGGUACCUGCUCAGCCUGAGUUUCAGGUCACAGGGCAAAACCCUCCACACCCGCAUUGAACACUCCAAUGGACGCUUUAGCUUCUAUGAGCAGCCUGAUGUGGAGGGACACACGUCCAUCGUUGACUUAAUCGAACACUCUAUCAGAGACUCAGAGAAUGGAGCUUUUUGCUAUUCCAGGUCUCGCUUACCAGGGUCUGCAACCUACCCCGUCAGACUAACCAACCCAGUAUCUCGGUUUAUGCAAGUGCGCUCCCUGCAGUAUCUCUGUCGCUUUGUCAUUAGACAAUACACAAGGAUAGAUCUGAUCCAGAAACUGCCCUUACCUAACAAGAUGAAAGAUUAUCUGCAAGAGAAGCACUACUGAGGACACAGAGAUAGGACAGUGGUAGCAAUUUGCACUUUUGUUUUCAGUUAAGAGAUUUAAACAAGGUUUACAGACAACCACAGUUUUGAGAUGAUUGGUUCUGGUGGCUCUUGAUUUGUGUCCAGGUGACUCUGUCACUGUUAAGUCCUCCAUUCCAUUGUAAGGGUUGUUCCGCUGGUUUGAGGAGGCUCUACUUCCAGAAACAUAGGCCAGCACAUAAUCUAUUGCAGAAGUAUAGAAAAGGUAUAUAGCCAAGUUGUUUUAGCGGCAUAGAUUAAGUGCAGACAUUAGUGUAGUGUAACAUCCAGCUGUGCAAGUAUAGCACAUUUCAGAGAAUUGCCAUCUGCUUUAAAGUUGUGCCUGUAGGAGAAAAAAAGAAAAACACUCUGAAUUUAAUUUUAAUCCACGAAAUUGUACAUUUAAAACAUGAAAAAGUAUUGCUACAAUGAAGCUUUUAAAAUCAAAUGUCAAACUUUCUGCAGACUGACCUAUUUUGAGCAUCUUUUGCUUUUUACCAACCUGUCAUAUUGUGCAGGUUAACCAUCUGUUUCAGCAUGAUCUACAAAUUAGAAUUGGAACAUCAUUUUGCAUUCAUACUAUGCAAUUUGUCAAAUAGCAAGGCGAGGCUUCAUCAUGUAACUAAUGAUGAUGCCCAACCUAUGAUUUUCAUGUAAACCGUAUUUUUUUUCUAAUUAAAAAACUUGCAGUUUGUUCCUCAGGUAUUCUCUGACUCAAGUUACAGCUGACUUUCUACAGAAACAGUUGUGCUUCAGUAUACUUAGCCUGGUGCAGCCUUUUAUAUUUGAGUCAUGUUUCCUAGUUUCAUAUGUUUAAAAAAAUGGACAUUAACAGACAUGGAUGCUUAUUAAUCAAUAAAAGAUCGAACAGUAAUCACAGCACCAUUUAUUAAAAAAAUAAAAAAAUAAAUAAAAAAACUUGCAAAAGAUGUCCAAAAUGUGCCGGUCUGUGAGAGGACAUAAACAGUUUGGUCAGAGAAGUAACUUUAAAUUGUAUGGCUGCAUGUAGCCAUUAUAUAAUGUGCAAGCCUAAAGGUACUGACGAUGCUGGAUUUUAAUGUGCUGUUUGUAGAAACGGCAUCAGGUUGAUGUAUAAACCUUUUUGAAAUAUUACCAUUAAUUGUUAAAUCUUUCUGCAUUAGGAAUGUUACAAAAACUGCACCGCAGCUCAGGCCUAACAACUUUGUCACUAUCUGUAAUGCUUGUAUCUGCAUGUAGUAACGACGGUCAAUUAAGGGCACUGUAGAGCUACUCUAAAUGAGAGAGGAUGUCACGGUAAAAGUGUGUUAAAGCGCAACUCAGAGCAAAAGGCUGUUUAAUGCACAAUUCCAUUCACCAUAGGCCGCUUAUAAGGAGAGAAAAUACCCCUCAGUCAACCUACAACUUAAACACAGACCUCUAGUCAAUUGUAAUGAGCUGGAUCCUCAUGUGAAGAAGCUCAGAUAAUGUGUGAGCUUAGGUAAAAGGACUUGGGAAAGCCAGGGUUAAGUCCUAUUCGCCAUCUUGGAGUGAUGCCAGCCUCUGCACACGACAAAAAGUUACAUCACAGCUGCAUGGCAUCAUUAGUGUCAAAUAGGUUUCAAGGACAUUUACAAAA